CGAAGCGGAGGAAACAACACCGAGAUGAGGUGCUUGGACAGCUGUAUACCCCACUCGAGCUGCGAAGGCCUCUGAUCAAAUAUGAGGUAUAAAAGCACGGGACCAACCUUGGUGUUUACCGGAUCACUCGCUACGGAUCAGAUCAACUCAACAUACCCUCUACACCAGCAGAUCGAUUGAAAACAAUCCUCGCAAUGCCAAACGUAAACACAAAGAACCUCCCCGACUUCGAUGACCUCCCCGAAGUCAAGGGCAUGCCCAAAGGCUGUGCCUGGGGAAUCUUCGGCGAAGCCGAUGAAGUCGGCACCCUCAACCUCCUCACCCCCGACGUUGUCAUGGAAGCCCGCCAGGAGAUCCAGACUGGUGAAUCCGUCCAACUCGACUGGGGGCUUGAGAAUGUCCAAUUUCCCGGUUUCGGCCGUAAGGAGUUCUCGCAGAAGAUCAUUGACCUUUCGCCGAGUGGGUUGACGGCUCAUGAUGACGAGCUUCAUAUCAAUACGCAGUCUGGGUCGCAGUGGGAUUCGCUUCGGCACGUUGCGCAUCAGGCUACGCGUACGUACUACAACGGUCUUCACCAUGACGAUGUCCUUGGUGGAGCCAAGACUACUCGCAAUGGAAUUCACAACUGGGUCGAGCGUGGUGGGAUUGUCGGACGUGGAGUCUUGAUUGACUGGGCUGCUUGGGCUGAUGCGAAGGGCAUUGAGUACAACCCCGUCAGCCGCCACGAGAUCCCGAUUGCCCAGUUGGAUGAGGUCGCCAAAGCCCAAGGAACCGAGUUUAAGCACGGUGACAUCUUGAUCGUCCGAACUGGUUUCGUCAGGUGGCACGACAACGCCUCGACGGACGAACGCAAAGCCGGAACCCGCGACGCCGCAAACUUCAUCGGUGUCCGCGCCGACGAGGACUCCAAGCGUUGGUUGUGGAACCAUCACUUCGCCGCCGUCGCCGGUGAUACGGUCGCAUUCGAGGCUUGGCCUCCUCGUGAUCCGAUUUUGCAUGAGUGGUUGUUGUCGUUGUGGGGAACGCCGAUUGGUGAGAUGUGGAAUUUGGAGGAGUUGUCGCAGAAGUGUAAGAAGGAGGGGAGGUACACGUUCUUCUUGACUUCUGCUCCGCUCAAUGUCAAGGGAGGUGUUGGGUCUACCCCCAAUGCCAUUGCCGUCUUCUGAUCUGGUAGCAGUCUAUGGACGAUGGUGAAAGCAACUGUAUGAGUAGGAGUUUUGUUAUUGA